AUGUCAGGCGUGCACGCCAACCACCCUUCCACUCUCGAUGCAAUCUGCGACACCGCCGCCAUGCUCAGUAAGUCGCUGGCAGAGUACGGCGCGCUUGAUAUGAUGAAAUUAUGGGGUCAGCGUGUACCGAAAUUGCGUCGUCUUGCUGAUCCAAACUGGGUUUCUACGCUCGAAACACUAAGCCUUAUCAACAUCGAACUGAACAAAGCAUCGGUCCGGGAGAUGCUUCAGUUGUCAGUGAAACUACGCCUGGUGAACGUGGCGUUCAUCGAGGAUUCAAUACAAAUCUUCGAAUUUCCACACCGGAGACGCCUUAGAUCUGUGGACGUAUCUGGUCUUAUUCUUGUUGCAGAUGAGACCAUACCUCGGUACGACAGAGCUUGGGUUGUGGGUAGUGAGAUAGAGGCUGCAGCGACUGUCAAGAAGUAUGGCCAACAUAUUCGCGAGCCGCUGUUUUUGGAAAACAUUCCACAUGUGCCACCGAAAGAUCUCGAGCGCUACAUAUUGUCAGGAGGGCCAUCGCCUCUGCGUCUGGAAAACAUGUGGACAACAUCCGAGUAUCUGGCCUUGGGCAAUGGGUACCAUUAG